ACGAAUUGCUCGCUAUAAGCUAGGUCUUUGCGCCCCUAAACCUACUGACAACUCUACUUCCACGGAACUCAAACUAACGAACAGAAUACAAACAAAUCCUAAAUUAUGUUCCAUAAGGGAAGUGAUGGCAAGGCCAAAGGGUUUGGCUUUGCAGGUUUUGCACUUGGAAGCAGUAGCACUAGCAGUGGCAAAGAACCUGGUAGAGGCUAUUCCAAUCCUCUUGGCUCAUCUUCUGCAUUGCCAGGACGAAGUGUGGGAUACGGCUCCAUCUCUUUUGGGAAACGCCGAAUAAAAAGUGAAGAAGAGUAUUUUGAAGAUGAAGAAGAAGAACAAAACAUUGCUGAUCUCGAGUAUCUCCCUGCUCCGGGGAGUCCUGUGUUGAAAAAGACUGAGAAAGCUGACUCUGACAGUGAUGACAGCGAGGAUCCAUUGGAUGCAUUCAUGGCAGAUAUUGAGAAAGAGGUGAAGCAACAAGAUGGCGGGAAAGAAAAGAAGAAGGAUAUUCGAGAUGACAUCGAAGAAGAGGACGUCGAAGAGUCGUAUUACCGCUACAUGGAAGAGAACCCAAUGGCUGGCGUCAUACUUGAUGAUGAUGCGGACCUUGAUUAUGAUGAGGAUGGAAACCCAAUUGUGCCUGAGAAAAAUAAGUAUAUUGACCCCCUUCCACCAGUUGAUCAUUCAGAGAUAGACUAUCCAAGAUUUUCGAAAAACUUUUAUGAGCCACACGAGGAUAUUGCCAAACUAUCUAUCGUCGAGGUAGAGGAAUUGAGAAAGAAACUUGGCAUAAAGGUGUCCGGUUUCUUUCCGCCUAAGCCAGUUUCAAGUUUUGGUCAUUUUGGUUUUGAUGAGGCGUUGAUGAAAGCUAUCAGGAAGAACGAGUACACUACGCCUAUGCCAAUUCAAGCACAGGGUAUCCCUGUAGCCUUGAUGGGCCGGGACAUCAUUGGUAUAGCCAAGACAGGCAGUGGUAAAACAGCAGCAUUUAUAUGGCCAAUGCUUGUACAUAUAAUGGAUCAGAAAGAACUAAAACCAGGAGAUGGUCCGAUUGGUCUGAUUCUGGCUCCAACAAGAGAAUUGUCACAACAGAUCUAUCACGAAGCAAAGAAGUUUGGUAAAGUAUACAACAUCAAGGUUGUCUGUGCCUAUGGAGGAGGCAGCUUGUGGGAGCAGUGUGAAGCUUGUAAAGAAGGUGCCGAAAUCAUCGUAGCUACUCCAGGUCGUUUAAUAGACUUGGUGAAGAAGAAGGCCACCAAUCUGAGGCGAGUCACAUUCUUGGUAUUUGAUGAGGCUGAUAGGAUGUUUGAUAUGGGUUUUGAGCCACAAGUGCGUUCUAUUGCUAACCAUGUGCGACCAGACCGGCAGACGUUACUAUUUAGUGCCACCUUCAGGAAGAAAGUCGAACGUCUGGCACGUGAUAUUUUGACUGAUCCAAUCCGAGUAAUUCAGGGAGAGCUGGGCGAGGCCAACGAAGAUAUCACACAAAUAGUUGAGGUCAUGACGCCAGGGCCAGCAAAAUGGACAUGGUUGACACAGCGGCUGGUUAAGUUUACAACAGUUGGCAGUGUGCUCAUCUUUGUGACGAGGAAAGCCAAUUCAAUAGAACUUGCAGAGAAUCUGGAGAAAAAGGACUUCAAACUUGGACUACUUCACGGUGACAUGAGCCAGGUAGAGAGGAAUGAUAUCAUCUCGCGCUUCAAGAAAAAGGAUUUUCCAGUGUUGGUGGCGACUGACGUGGCUGCACGUGGUCUUGAUAUCCCAUCCAUAAAAACAGUGGUGAACUAUGAUGUGGCGAGAGAUAUUGAUACUCACAUCCAUAGGAUCGGUCGGACAGGAAGGGCAGGAGAGAAAGGUACAGCUUAUACACUCAUCACAGGAAAGGAUAAAGACUUUGCGGGACAUCUGGUGCGAAAUCUCGAGGCUGCAGAUCAGGCCUGCCCUCAGUCACUCAUCGACAUAGCCUUACAGAAUCCAUGGUUUAAGAAGACAAGAUUCAGACAUGGCAAAGCCAAGAAGAUGAAUAUUGGAGGACAGGGGUUAGGAUUCAGAGAACGACCGGGCUUGGGAGUGUCUGAAGGUGGAUCUGGGUCAAGACCUUCCCAAACCAGUAGUGUUGCACCAACACCAGGUGGAUUCACUGUAUAUGACGCCAGGAAUAGUGGACCAAGUGGAGAUCGAGUUGCAGCCAUGAAACAAGCCUUUACGAAUCAAUUCAAGUCCAACUUUGUGUCGACGUCGGGGAGCCAAUGGCAGCCAGGAACAUCACAUAUUGAACCACCUCCACCAGCCGCGCCUUCAUUUCACCCUCCACAGGCCGGCAGCACUUCAGCAGAGGGGAAGCGGCGGAAAAAAUCUCGAUGGGAAUGAGAUAUUUUCCUAAAAGACGUUGAAUAUCGUCUCCUUUUAAACCGUUUUUUGUUAAAGAUCGUGUUCACUGAAAUGAUUUUCUCUGAAGAACUUUGCGAAGCUUUUUUAUUGAAUGGCUCUGAUGUCGAAUAUGAACCAAAAAAACUGGCUUGUGAUAAUUGAUAACAUGAAUGUAGUGGCCUUCAUCAUGUUGAUCAUGCAUGUCAUAAGUAAACCCUCUUUUGUGUGUCAAUUUUAGGUUAGAUUUGGAACAAUUCUGGGUCAGGUGUGUCAAGAGAAGAAUGAAAGGACAGUUUUCAUAAAACUCUGUUGUGGCAGUGAUUUAUAGCUCCUGUAUCAGGAAUAGACUGACAGUGUCACAUUGGAACUAUUGGUUAAUUUGUACAAAGCAGCAGCACGGUUCUGUAGGUAGGCCUAUAUAGUUUAGCGAGCCACUGUCAAACUUCAUGCUAUAUGAUGCCAUUUUCUAAACCUACAGCUGACUACAGGAAUUCAUUCGGACUGUCAAUGGCGUUGAAGAUACCAAAAUUUCGGCCUGUAAAUAUUGUUGUAUACAAAAUAAAAUGUCACCUUAGCUCUGUCA